UUCUCUGUUGUCCCUCCUUGAUCCGUAGUCCGCCCCUUCCUCCGUAGUACCAACCAGAGCAUUGACGAUGGAGGCCGAGUGGGAGAAAGGUGAAGUUCACGACUGCGUGAUCAAACUGAGGGAAAACCCCCGGAGACGAAAGGCCAAAGUGCGCGUUGGAUGUGGAGCAGGAUUUGCCGGAGAUCGGCCCGCGGCGGCACUUAAACUGCUUCAGACAGUUGAAGAACUCGAUUACAUCGUCUUGGAGUGCUUGGCCGAGCGCACCCUUGCCGACCGCUACCAUCUCAUGGCUGCUGGCCAAAAGGGCUACGAUCCUCGAAUUUUGGAGUGGAUGUCUCUAAUUAUACCUCAAGCUGUUGUGAAACGAGUUUGCAUCAUUACAAACAUGGGUGCAGUGGAUCCAAUUGGUGCACAGAAGGAAGUCAUGGAUCUGGCUAGCAGAUUGGGAAUCAGUAUGACUGUCUCCAUAGCUUAUGAAGUUUCCUCGAUGCAAUCCUCAGGUUUUCAGGUACCUUCUGAAGAGUACAGUGCAAUGGAUAGGGGCAUGAGUACAUAUCUUGGAGCAGCUCCCAUUGUUCAAUGUCUAGAGAGAUAUGAUCCAGAUCUUAUAAUAACUUCAAGAGUUGCUGAUGCCGCACUAUUUUUAGCUCCAAUGGUGUAUGAACUAGGUUGGGAUUGGAAUGACUACAAUCAAUUAGCCCAAGGGACCCUAGCUGGUCAUCUUCUAGAGUGUGGUUGUCAACUCACCGGAGGCUAUUUUAUUCAUCCAGGUGACAUUCAUCGAGAUAUUUCUUUUGAGCAACUUUUAGAUUUAUCUCUUCCAUUUGCUGAAAUUGGAUAUGGUGGAGAAAUAUGUGUGGCUAAAUCUGAUGGCAGUGGUGGUGUUUUAAACCUUAGUACUUGUGCUGAGCAGCUACUUUAUGAGGUUUGGGAUCCCAGCUCUUACAUUACUCCUGACGUGGUUAUAGAUUUGCGGGAUGUUUAUUUCUGCUCAUUGUCGGAUGAUCGAGUUCGUUGUGAUGGAGCUAAUCCAUCUACCAUCAGAUACCCUGAAAAACUUCUGCGCCUUACUCCAUCAGAAUGCGGAUGGAAAGGCUGGGGAGAGAUAUCUUAUGGAGGAUAUAAAUGUCUACUGCGUGCCGAGGCAGCAGAUUUUCUGGUCAGGUCAUGGAUUGAUGAGAAGUACCCUGGAAUUAAAGAUUCCAUUAUUUCUUACAUUAUUGGAUAUGACAGCCUGAAAGCAGCCUGCAGUAGUAACAGAAAUUCAUCGUCAGAGCAAUUAAUGGAAGUAAGGCUUCGUAUGGAUGGCUCGUUUAAGCUGAAGGAGCAUGCCAUUCACUUUGUUGAAGAGUUCAUGGCUCUCUACACAAAUGGGCCUGCGGGCGGUGGAGGUAUCAGCACUGGGCACAAAAAGGAGAUACUUCUUCUAAAGGAGCAGGUUGACCGCGAAAAAGUCUUCUGGCGAACAGAAGCAAGGAGAUCCAAUAUUUCAUCCAUACCCAACCAUCCAAGAGAAAAGAGCAACCAACUCACCAUUCCAAAGAAAAAUUAUGUCAAAAACCACCCUACAUCCCCUGAACCAGCUCCAUCAGGAAAGAAGAUCCCUCUCUAUCAAAUUGCUCACAGUAGAGCAGGAGACAAAGGAAAUGACUUGAACUUCUCCAUUAUCCCACAUUUCCAUGGAGACAUUGUGAAGCUAAGAUUAAUAAUCACUCCUGAAUGGGUAAAAGGAGUUGUCUCAUCUCUGCUGGAUUUCUCUCCUUUCUCUAAUCCCAUGGUUACAGAUCAGAAAAGUGAGCAGCUGGAGCAGGUGAUUGUGGAGAUAUAUGAGGUCAGAGGAAUACAUUCUUUGAAUGUUGUGGUCCGGAACAUUCUAGAUGGCGGCGUCAAUUGUUCUAGAAGGAUCGAUCGACAUGGGAAAACUGUUUCUGAUCUUAUAUUGUGUCAGGAGGUUGUGCUGCCAUAGUCAUGAAUACCAGUGGUUGAAAGGGAUUUAAACUUUAGAAAAAAAAAAUUGUUUGUUGAUUACUUUUGUAAAAUCUCUUCUGCAUUGGGUUACAUUCUUUUUUUUUUCCUGUAUAACAUUUGCAACUUUAAUC